UACCAUCCUUAACAAAUACCAGGUCGGACUUCCUUACUGUGGUCUACCAUAUCUCUUGGCUCACCCGACGAACAGGACAUGCAAUGUGUAUGGAAUUGCGAUUCGCCCUCUCCCAAAUACCGUCGCACCUUUGAGCAACCUGUUAUCCAAACGUAGGCAUUCCCCUCUUUGUGCUAGCUUGCAUGCUCCGGCUCACAAUCUCCCUUGGACGGCAGUAUCCAGAUGUUCACCGGAGAAAUGGGAUGCUGGCUGGUGAUCUUCAUGACCCAUCUGUAUCAACAGUACAUUGCCCCGCGCUUGUCCAACAACUCUUCGCCUCUUCUAGCUGGUGGCUAUCACCCUGUCAAUAACACUGAAGGACUCGACGAGGAGGAAGAUUAUACAAUCAGAGGACCAGAAGCUUCAGAUGAUGUCACGAAGCCCGCCACCUUAGCAGACGGUCGCAUUCACCUUCGUGGAUACAGGAUCUUUCUUCUUGCUGCACCAGCAUGCUGCGACAUUGCGGGCACAACUCUGAUGAACGUCGGGUUGCUCUUCGUCGCUGCCAGUGUCUACCAGAUGACUCGCGGCGCCCUCGUUUUAUUCGUCGGCCUCUUUAGUGUUCUUUUCCUCCACCGCAAACUUCAUCUCUAUCAUUGGCUGGCGCUGUUCAUUGUGGUCCUAGGUGUUGCUCUGGUCGGUCUUGCAGGGGCCCUCUUCGCGGACAACCAAGGACACGACGUCACCCAAGGAAGUGCUGCCACCGUCAUGAACCAUGCUAUCAGGGAAAUCCAGGCCACAACGCGGUCUCCGGAAGCACUGAAAGCUGUCGUUGGGGUGCUGCUUAUAGCUGCAGCCCAGAUCUUCACUGCGUCCCAAUUCGUCCUGGAAGAGUGGAUCUUGGAAAACUAUGAAAUGGACCCCCUCCAGGUUGUUGGCUGGGAAGGUAUUUUCGGGUUCUCUGUCACCGUCAUCGGCUCGAUCAUCUUGUACUUGACCAUUGGACGCACCGAGGCCGGCCGUUACGGCUACUUCGAUGCAAAGGAAGGAUGGAGCCAGGUCUUCAACAACCGAGCAAUUGCCAUGUCCAGUUUCUUGAUUAUGAUUAGCAUUGGCGGAUUCAACUUCUUCGGUCUCUCCGUCACCCGCACCGUAUCCGCUACUUCCCGCAGCACAAUCGACACCUGCCGGACCCUUUUCAUCUGGCUCGUCUCCCUCGCUCUGGGCUGGGAGACCUUCAAAUGGCUACAAGUCGUCGGCUUCGCGCUCCUCGUUUACGGAACUUUCCUCUUCAACGACAUUGUCCGCCCCCCACUCAAAGCCUGCCUUCCUAGUUCUCGCCGCGACCGAGAAAUUCUCCUCCCUGAAGAGCCGAUCGAGCAUAUGUAAGUUGUUUGGCUCACAUCAUCUUGCAUACACAUCAUACAUCCAACUUGAAAUCAAGAGUACGUCGCCUUGAUCGGUGACGUCACGUGUCUUAUCCUUGACGGAUCGG